UCCUAUGGGGCAGUUUUGCUCUUUCCUGUAGGGUCGCUAUGAGUAUGAAACAACAACCAGUUUGGUUUUAUAAAAAGAUAGUAUAAUCAACUUUCAUCUAACUGUGGAAAUGUAAUUAAUCAUGCCAGUUUUAAAACAACAUCAAGAUGUUAGUAAACAGAAUCCAUUGUGUAUAGAGGAAGAUGAUCAUAUCUAAUAGCUAGCUGUGGCUUCUUGUGUUUCUGUGUGUUACCGACUACUGGCAAAGGACCAACCCUUGAGAGAUUAUCAUCUUCAUCCUCCAGUUCUCUGGAAGGAUUUGACUUAAACCUUGCCAGAAGGUAGUUCUCUAACCUGUUCUUAAAGAACCUUGGUUUCUCUUUUAUAUACUGUAAGAGUUGUUUUGGAAAACAAUACUUAUGAAAUAUAAUUGUUCCCUGGGCUGAUUAUUGUAAAUAAACAAGUACUUUGAGAUUAUUAAGUGGGAGAAAAACCAAGCAAUAUUAAAAUGUGGCUUAACAAAAUGAAAUAGAGAUUAUAUACUUUAAAAGGUUAUCUAUAUUUUCAGUGGAGAAUGGCAUUCUCCUUUAUUCCUCCUCUGAGAUCUCUUAUUUUCUUUUAUAAUGCAGUGUUUUGUGAGUAUAAUCCAGUCCAGUCGCCAUCCAGUUGAUUCCACCAAUGUGGGUGCCAUAGUAGACUACGUUUGCUCUGUUUUUUGACUUAGUGGUUAUGCUCUUUGAGUAAUUCUUUUACACACACACAGACACACAGACACACACACACGUUGGAUACAAGCAUGGGGAGGCAGAGUCAUGUCAAAUUUUUAGAAGUUAUCAAGCCUUUCUGUGCAGUUCUACCAGAAAUUCAGAAACCUGAAAGGAAAAUUCAGUUUAGAGAGAAGGUACUGUGGACUGCUAUAACUCUCUUCAUUUUCUUAGUGUGUUGUCAGAUACCACUCUUUGGAAUCAUGUCAUCAGAUUCUGCAGAUCCUUUCUACUGGAUGAGAGUUAUUCUUGCAUCCAACAGAGGAACUUUAAUGGAAUUGGGUAUCUCCCCAAUUGUAACAUCUGGUUUGAUUAUGCAGUUGUUAGCUGGAGCCAAAAUCAUUGAAGUUGGAGAUACACCCAAAGAUAGAGCUCUAUUCAAUGGAGCCCAGAAACUAUUUGGUAUGAUUAUUACAAUUGGGCAAGCCAUUGUGUAUGUCAUGACUGGCAUGUACGGGGAUCCUGCUGAAAUGGGUGCUGGAAUCUGUCUCCUUAUCAUUAUUCAGUUGUUUGUUGCUGGUUUGAUUGUGCUGCUGUUAGAUGAGCUGCUACAGAAGGGUUACGGCUUGGGGUCUGGUAUUUCCCUCUUUAUUGCCACGAACAUCUGUGAAACCAUUGUCUGGAAGGCCUUUAGUCCCACUACCAUUAACACUGGCAGAGGUACCGAGUUUGAGGGUGCAGUCAUAGCUCUGUUUCACUUAUUGGCCACCAGAACAGACAAAGUUCGAGCUUUAAGGGAGGCUUUCUACCGUCAGAAUUUACCCAAUCUCAUGAACCUCAUUGCUACAGUUUUUGUGUUUGCUGUUGUUAUAUAUUUUCAGGGAUUUCGAGUUGACUUGCCCAUUAAGUCGGCCCGGUAUCGAGGACAGUACAGUAGCUAUCCCAUCAAGCUCUUCUACACCUCCAACAUUCCCAUUAUUCUGCAGUCUGCCUUAGUUUCAAACCUGUACGUUAUUUCCCAGAUGCUGUCCGUUCGAUUUAGUGGCAACUUCUUAGUGAAUUUACUAGGACAGUGGGCUGAUGUCAGUGGAGGAGGACCUGCUCGCUCUUACCCAGUUGGAGGCCUUUGUUAUUAUCUUUCUCCACCCGAGUCCAUGGGUGCCAUAUUUGAGGAUCCUGUCCAUGUAGUUGUUUAUAUCAUCUUCAUGUUGGGAUCAUGUGCAUUCUUUUCUAAGACAUGGAUAGAAGUGUCUGGUUCCUCUGCCAAAGAUGUAGCUAAACAGCUUAAAGAGCAGCAAAUGGUAAUGAGGGGUCACAGGGAUACCUCUAUGGUUCAUGAGCUUAAUAGGUACAUCCCCACAGCAGCUGCAUUUGGUGGUUUAUGCAUUGGAGCCCUGUCGGUGUUAGCCGAUUUCCUAGGGGCCAUUGGAUCUGGCACUGGAAUUCUGCUUGCAGUCACCAUUAUUUAUCAGUAUUUUGAAAUAUUUGUUAAGGAGCAGGCUGAAGUUGGCGGGAUGGGUGCUUUGUUUUUCUAAAUGUUCAAAUAUUUCUGUGUGUGAAAGGGAAAAUAUUUUGACACAUUGUUUUUGUCAAAUAAUGCUGGUUCCCAUUUUCUUCCCUCUCAGUUUUUUCUUUUCAAGUGCUAACUGCUCCAUUUCUGAAAUGGGCACUAAGCUAAGCCUGUGUGCAGCAUUAGUACCAGCUGCCUUAAAACUAAAGUUUACAUUAUUUGUUCAAAAUGUACAUCUAGUGUUGCCUGUAAUGCUGGAAACCAGUGUAUCUACCUUGCUGUGUUAAAUCACGACAGUGAGAUGGUAACAUGGAUUGUUAGUUUUGCACACAACAUUCAGAACACUUAAUAUUCCCCCACUGGUUUAAAAAUAAAUGUAGUUCAAAUUGCCUCUUUCCAGUAUUUUUGAGCUUAUUUACUGAGUUCUGGAACAUUUAUAUCUAAUCUCUAUUUUAGAUAAUUACUUUUUAUACUUUUUUAACUCAUAGUAUCCACAUUCCCUCCCCUCCUUAUACCCCUUUUCCCACCCUUUUUAUUUGGCCCUUCUCAAAGCAGCCACUUAGCCCAUAUGGGCAAAGUUAAGGUUGAGUGAUGUCACUUGAAAAAACUGCUUGUAGUUACUGUUUUUCAUUUUUCCUUUCUUCCCGGUGACAGCAUAAACAGUGCUGUUUGACUGUAUUGGCUAUGCCUUCUAAUUCCAGCAAGUCACUUGAGAAUACUCUUUCAAGAUAUUAUGCCCCAAUUCUUUUUUUUUUUUUAACCCCUAAAUAAAAGAUCUAAUUCUCAAGCAGUGUCUGUAGUUCAGUGGGGGUGAACAAUGAGUAAUUCAUGCUAGGAAUCUGUGUAUGUUGUUGUACUUUAUAGCAGCAACAAGAGUGUAAACAGUAGACAAUAAACUUUUAUUUAAGAAAAUUGUUUCAGUUGUGUUUGAAAAAUAAAGAAAUCUGAUAUUAAAUGUUUUCUAAGAUUAUUUGUAUAUGUUCAUUGUAUUUAUACAGAAUCUAUCCUGAGGUCAAGUGUAAUUACAGUUUAACAUUUUCCUAAAAUAUUGAGGGAUCGUGACUAAUUUAACAAUUCUCAAUAAUGUGACUAACAAACAUUUGGGAAGAAACAGGAAAACCAUGGUCUCAUGAAAAUAAUAUUCUAGUCUUCGUUUGAAAUGCACAGUUCUUUGCAAAUCCUUUUUAAAAGUAUGCUUUAUUUUACAAAAAAAAAAAAAA